CCGCGCUCAUUUUAUUGUUUGACAGAAAGAGUCAGAAAACGGAUGUGCGCUCAUUCUCUUGCUAGUCCUAACGUGGAGUAAAAGUGCCGUGUUUCUGCUCGAAUUGCUGUGAAAAAUCUUCGCUGUCCCGGAAAAACACGCUGAAAUGGCCGACGAAUACUUCUAUGGAGCUACCUUGAAGGAAGGCAGCAAGACCGUAACCUGGGAUCCGGACAACAAGGCCGACGGCUACCCGCGCACACACAAGCUGAUCAUCAAGCAGUGCAUUCUGGGACACGAAGCCGCUUCCGACGAGUUCAACGUGGUUCAGGUGGAGACGAUGACGAUCCGCGAUACGCUGCGCAUCCCGAUCGCGGUCCUGAAGGUCGGCGAAGCCCGGCAGUGCCGGCUCGAUCUGGAGUUCUCCGAUUCGCCGGUGACGUUCACGCUGGUCGAAGGCAAGGGACCGGUGCACAUCCACGGACAGCAUCUGCUCGGAUCGCUGGUUGAAGAGUUCGAGGACAUGGAGGAGAUGGAGGAAGAAGUGCCAGAGGAGGAUGAGGAUGACGAAGACGACGAUGAGGAGGGCGGACCUCAGAAGAAGAAGCAAAAGCUCACAAACAACUCCAAGGGAAAACCAAGCGCAGGUCCCGCUGGCAGCAAUAACGCCAAGAACAGCAAAAAGAAAUAGACUGCCAACCACCAAUUCCAUCUCACCAGGACCCAGCGAACCUACAGCGAUCGCGCACUGUAAGUGAAGAUCCGGUUUGCAUUUUCCAUCCCUUUUUCCUACUUUGAACAACCCUGCUCCUUUUUAAGCAACACUAUAAACAGUAAACACACACACAUCUUAAACAACCCAUACAACCAACAAUGAUUGUAAUUGAUUAGAGUGGUGAAUAACACGGACAUCGAUUGAAGAAAUGAUUGUACCGCUACUUCUUCAUACAUACAAUUCGAACCGAAGACGCAAAUUGUGUCCCGACAGACAAAACAAACUAAAACAUAAACAUAUUAAAGGAUAAACGUAGAUUGUAAGUUCUUUCCUAGCGCCCGAAACUUGCUCCGAUUUCUAUAUUUGUUGGCUUAUUUUGUUAACACUUCGAACUGAAUAAAAAAUCCGGUACAAAUGCUUUCGUUUGUACUAAACCGAUGGGUAAGGAGCACCAAUGAGAAAGUAAAACUGUAUACUUCAAGUUAGGUUUAUUUGUAUUAAUGCAUACUAGGAUGCAGGGUUGUCUAUCUUAUUCUAAAAAAUAGUAUAUGCAAAAGGAUCAUUCAACCAUCGCGUAUGUUUUUUCUCAAAAUGUACGCUGUAUCGUUUCUACAUCGGUACGACUUGUUCAUUACACAGUUUAUGCAACAAGCUAAGUAGCAAAAAUGAGCGAACAAUGUGAAGGCGGAGAAGCAAGGGCAAGGAAUUUCUGCAGAAAGGAGAAAUAAAAUAUAAAAGUCAAUCACCA